AUGUCUGGCUCCGAGAAGCGAGACGGCAGUGCCUCUCCCACCGGCCGUGAUGCCCGAUCCUCCUCGCCGGUCAAACGGCCGGCGUCGGAAGUCGCAGAUGUGGAGAUGGACCUAGGCUCCGCAGGAAACGAGUCUCAGUCGCGGCACCCGGAAAACAACAACGCAGAGUCCAUGGACACUGGUCCAGAGGACAAUGGCCCGACUGCAUCCUCCAACAACGUCUAUCCCACUCCGUCCAGUAUGGCGACCUACACCGCUCCUACGUCGACCCGGGACAGCUCCAAGUCCCAGGGUUCUACCUCCUCCCAUGACCUGCCUACAAUCGACGACCAGGUGGCCAAGGUGACUUGCUUCACGAUGCAGCCGUUGAAGGAAAAGCAGAAGGGUUAUGUGUUGUCCAUGUCCUGGUUGAAGAGGGUGCUUGCUCGGAGCUCGACGCAUGCAGACCAGACCGACAAGAGUGCUGCAGAAGGAGAAAUUGGACCGGUCGAUAACUCGGAUCUUGUUUUGGUUACGGACCCGGGAACCUGCUUCAAGGAUGAAGCUGGUGAGCCGUUCGUUCCUUUGCGACCUGGCUUGCAACUGGGUGAGGACUUUGAAAUCGUCCCUCAAGAAGGAUGGGACUUGAUUAUGCAGUGGUACAACCUGGCAAAUCAAUCACCGGCUAUCGUUCGAUAUGCUCACAACACCAACGAAACUGGAGAUCUUGAGAACGUUCAGUGGGAGAUCAACCCUCUAGUUUUCACCGUUCUUAAGUUGGGCAACCCGACAACAGGAACCACACCCCAGACCCUCAAAGACAAGAACACACUGCCUGUCAAAUUCCUGUCUAGCAGACACACCAACUUCCAGAAAUGGCUGAAGCAGGCGAAGGGACUGGCCAACAUCGACAUGUCGACCAAGGUCCGUGUGUGGAGGAUACUAGGCGGGCUUGGAAGUGCAACAGCGUCCGCAGCAAUCACUCCGGCUGCUUCACGCAGUGCUUCCCCAGCCCCGGCAGCCUCUAUUGUCCCCGGUGCUGGAACCAGUCUCGUACUGGACGUCAACUCUUUCCUGUCUCUCUCGGAGGGCGCCCAGAGAGAGUUGCUCGAUGGCGCAAAGGACCAGACCGCGAACCCCAAUUACAAUGGUCGAAUGACAUUGGCUCUUGCCGGACUUGGUGGAAGUGAGGUUAUUGUUCUCGAAGAACGAGUUGGGUCUGGAAGUGGAGAAUGGGCCUCGGAUGUUUCCAAGCAGACCCUCAGCCGCCUGGGUGUGCCAUUGAGCACUCCCAGCACCACUGGCACUGCAAGUACUGCAAAGAACGCUGCGUCAACAAAACUCAAGAACAAGAGCCCUACGGCCAGUGGCAGGUCUUCUCCAGCCCCAGAGCCCGUGAGAGGAAGACGGAAAGAUGGAAAGCCUCGUGGUAAUACUGGACUGAGCAACCUUGGAAAUACUUGCUACAUGAACUCUGCUCUCCAAUGUGUCCGAAGUGUGGAGGAAUUAACUCACUAUUUCUUAAACGAUGUCUACAAGCAGGAUCUCAAUCCUAGUAACCCCCUGGCUCACAAUGGUGAGGUGGCCAAGUCUUAUGCAAACUUGCUUCGCAUGAUUUAUGAUGAAGCUGGCCAGUCUUCUUUUGCUCCCCGGCAACUCAAGAACACCAUUGGUCGCUACGGUCCAGCCUUCUCUGGUUAUGGACAGCAGGACUCCCAGGAAUUCCUCUUGUUCCUCCUUGAUGGGUUACAGGAAGACUUGAACCGAAUCCAAAAGAAGCCGUAUAUUGAGAAGCCCGACUCCACGGAUGAAAUGGUUCACAAUCGAGCGGCUCUAGUGGAAUUUGCCUCCAAGUGCUGGGAUAUCUACAAAGCUCGUAACGAUUCCGUCAUUACUGAUCUCUUCGCUGGCAUGUACAAGUCAACCCUCCACUGCCCUGCUUGCGAGAAAGUCAGUAUCAUUUUCGACCCUUUCAACAACCUUACUCUCCAAUUGCCGAUCGAGAACCUAUGGAGCAAGGAAAUCUUCUACUUUGGUCUUCACAAGAAACCGGUUAUCGUUGAUGUUGAAAUCGACAAGCACGCCAGUGUCAAGUCGUUGAAGGAACAAGUUGCAAGCAAGUUGGGUGCUGACCCCCAGCGUCUCAUCAUGGCUGAGAUCUACAAGCACAAGUUCUACAAGAUGUUUGACAACACAAACUCCAUCGCUGACUGCCAAAUUGGCUCGAGUGAUGACAUUGCCAUCUUCGAGGUGGAGUCCGUGCCCACUAACUAUAACCCGGAUAAGGCCCCGAAGAGCUACUUCUCGUUUAGCCGCUCGGAUGACAAGAUCCCCAGCUUUGAGUCUCCCAAGGCUGACCGACUGUUGGUGCCGAUUUUCAACCGUGUUGUGAAGCCUAAGCCAAACAACAACCGACAGUUGCAACGGUCUCUGUUCGGGGCACCGUCGUAUGUUGUUAUCAACCGGGAAGAGGCUUUUGAUUACGAUGCUAUUCUUAAAAAGGUCCUGGCCGAGGUUGACACCAUGACAACCCGUGAUUUCUUUAAUGAAGGAAACAUGAACGGAGGCGACCAGCAAGAGGUAAACCAUGAAGACUCGGACACCGUUAUCAUGAAUGACGACGAUGCGCAGUCGGCUGACUCUAAGAUAAAGACAUCUUCAGUAGAGGGAGAGGAUGGUAUGGUGGAUGUUUCCAUGCGGGAUGCAUCUGACGAGACGGAUACCACAACUCCUUCCCAGGACGCCAACUCCGAUGCCGACACCCCUUGUUCGGAAAGCUCCAUUCCACCUGCUUUCCGCAAUCUCUUUGAUGUAAAGGUUGUCCGGACCGGCGAGGCUAUACCUCUUGGAUUCUCCGGUGUGGAAGAGAACAAGGAAUACCCGUCGAUGUCCGCGCGCGUCAAGAAGACUGUCCCUAAACGCAAAGAGUCUGAAACCGCCAAUGUGAACGAACGCAAGGCUAGUGAUGAUUCUGACCAAGAUGGAAGUGCUGGAAGUGGCUCGGACAGCAGCUCCGACAUCUUCAGCCACACCAACCGCAACCAAACCCCCAAAUCUGAGAAGUCCGAGAAGUCUACCGUUGAGGGACGUCCGUUGAUCCGCCCUGGCGAGGGAUUUGUGCUGGAUUGGAGCGAAGAAGCUCAUGAUGCACUCUUUUCUGGAGAUGCCAAGGACAAGGAUUCUCUCUAUGGAGCCCCUACGUGGACCAACAUCGACCGUUUGCCCGAUCCAGAGCUGUCUAAGCGCCGUGAGCUUCGACGGACACGGAAGAAGAAGGGUGUCACCCUCUACGAGUGUCUCGAUGAGUUCAACAAGGAGGAAGUUCUCUCUGAGAACGAUGCUUGGUACUGCCCUCGCUGUAAAGAACACCGCCGGGCAAGCAAGAAAUUCGAACUCUGGAAGACGCCUGAUAUCCUUGUCAUGCACCUCAAGAGAUUUAGCGCCAGCCGUGGUUUCCGGGACAAGCUCGAUGCUUUGGUUGACUUCCCGGUUGAGGGACUGGAUAUGAGUGGCAGAGUCGAAGCUCCCGAAGAAGGGGAGAGCUUGAUCUAUGAUCUCUUUGCGGUUGACAACCACUAUGGUGGACUUGGAGGAGGCCACUACACGGCCUAUGCGAAGAACUUCAUGACCGGCGAGUGGAACGAGUACAAUGAUUCGUCUGUCUCGAGAAACCUCGAUCCCCAGAGUGUAGUGACCUCGUCCGCCUAUCUGCUGUUCUACCGUCGGCGAUCCGAGCGUCCCCUGGGAGGCAAAAUCCUUGAAGAAAUCGCUGAGUCCUCCCGGCCGGGAUCACAAAUGGGAUCCCGCGCGCAAUCUCCUUCGGGGGAAGGUCGGCGCCUCGGCGGCUCCUCCCGCAAUGGGUCGUCGAGCGCUUUAGCCGGAGUCGGAGCAGCUCACCAAGCGGGAGAUGGUGGUUUGCGAACUGGAACCCAACUGAGCAAGGGUAAUGAAUCGCCACCCGAAUACUCCAACGACCCGGCAUCCGGGGAGCAGACCCUAGGAAAAGCAAAUCGACUGGAAGGUAUGGACUUCGAUGAAGAUGAGUUUGGCGACGGAGCGCACUCCGACCCAUUUCGCUUCCCGAUCCCAAGUGAACCCUCGUGGUCGUUCGGCCCAAUCACGGAUGCUCAUGGCCCUUCACAGAUGACAGCACCUCCGGGAUCCAUCUCUGACGGCAACAAUGAUGAUGACUUGUUCGACGACAACGCCAGCAACCAGGCAGUUGGUGGAGGAGACCUCGACCUCAGUGAUUCCGAUAUCCGGUUGGCCUCUUUAGCUGACAGCCCAGGUGGGCAAGGAGGCGCAUUCCCGGGAACACCCCUGGAGGAGGCUCCAGUCCAAGAUAUCCCUCCUCCGCUAGACGCCGAUGACGAUGAAGAGCUACCUGUGGUGGAGCUACGAGUGAACGACGAUGAUAAGAUCGUUUCGGAUUAA